AUGCAUCAACAUCGUUUGGAGCAGCAAGAAGUUCCGCCUAUACAGGGGGAGUGGCAGAACAUGCAACGAUUGAAGCAGAACUUUAGACACGUUGCAUGUGACGUGGGCUCAGACGACACGGCAUCUCUGAAAGAUUUGCAGCGCAACGGUAGUGUUCUAGCAUCCACGAAGGCUGAACUCCUGGAUGAUUUGCCCUCGAGCCCCAACAGCACACACGCACCCAGAAGCCUGGUCAAAGGUUUGAGUCCCCCCAUUCAUCCCAGCCCUCCCACGGCUCCUUCCAGACGCAUGCUGCCACGACGCCAACAAGCCCCCAGUCUGAACAGAAUGAACUCACACCAGGAACCCCCAGGAAGAAUCCCCAUGAGCGGCUGGCUUUGCGGCCGUUCUCUAAACCGGACCUUGCUUUCACUCAGAGCUUCAGACAGACUGCUUAGCUCUGAUGACUGGGAGAAGAAGAUUGAUGGCCUGAUACUCAUGCGUAGUUUAGCACGGUAUCACUCUGAUGUGCUUAGUAGUAGGCUUCAUGAUGUCUGCCUUGUUCUUAAUCAAGAGGUUCAGAACUUACGCUCUGGAGUGUCGCGCGUGGCGCUGGUGACCUUGGGAGAGUUGUACUCUGGUCUGCAGAAAGGUAUGGACCAGGAGAUGGAAGCUACUGCCAAGGUCCUCCUCCACAAAGCAGGAGAGUCCAAUGCUUUUAUUAGGCAGGAUGUGGACACAGCCCUGGACUGCAUGGUGCAGAACUGCACCCCCACCCGAAGCAUGAAUGCUCUUCUCGCUGGAGGACUCAGUCAUUUGAAUGCUGCAGUAAGAAAGUGCACUUCUCAGCAUUUGGCUACUUUGAUAGAAAAGAUUGGCGCUGACCGCUUAUUGUCUGGGACAAAAGGUGUGACUAAUCGAAUUCUACCUGCAGUCUCCAAAUUGGCGCAAGACUCUUCCCAAGAAACCAGGUACUUUGGUCGCCGCAUGCUACUGUUCCUGUCGUCUCAUCACGACUUUGAUAAGAUGGUGGAAAAGUACAUCCCUACCAAAGACCUGCCCACCAUCAGGGCCACUGUCCUCACUCUGAAAUCCAAGGUCCCGGGUGAGAAGCCUCAGGAUACCCCUUCAGCUCGAGGCAGGCGCUAUAUCCCUUGCGGUGGAAUGAGCAAAGAUGCCAGCAAAGCACAGGUCCACAGCAUUGCAGACAAGACCAAGUACAUCAAACAGCUUAAAUACACAGACAAGACAAGGUCCAGGUGUGUGCAGGCGUGGCCACAAGUGAGGAUCCUCCCAACUGUACGUGGCGGGCCAAACCACAUGACUCGCGGGAGAUGAGCGUUCUGUGACACUUAUUGCCAAGGUUCUAUUUAAACAGACUGUGAGCACACAAGGGGUCACUGACUUAUGGCAUGAAGCUGAACUCAGAGUCAGAACAGAAUGACCUCAGCAGCACUCUAGGAAGCCAAUCUGAUAUAUUCAACACUUGCUGUCUGCAGAGAUGCUGAGAAGUGCUUUGCCAAUUCUAUUUGAUGUGUAUUUUGCCUUAGCUUUCCUGGUGAGCAGUUGGCACAGGACUUUCUUUUCAGAAUUUAGAUCUGCUGCAGAGGCUUAGAGUUAUGAUGCCCACAAGCUGCUGUAAUUUGAGGUGCAUUAGUGCUGGAGGACAGGUGGAGUUUAGCAAGUAAAUAUGGUUGUAGCCAUAUUAUCAACAAGGAUAAUGGAGUUGAGCCUGUGCAGAUUCUAUCAGACUUUGCUAAGAUGUUGUGUAUACAUUUGGCUGUCAGCUGGGCCCUGCACUGGACUGACCAAGUAUUUUUUCUUUAACUGGAAUAAAAAAA